AUGUUUUCAACCCUGGAUUCGAAUAUGUUCAGUAUAAUGUUCAUCUUUACCAUUUCUUUAUUCCAUUUACAUACUCAGGCAUAUUUGGCAGAUUUUCCAUCUACUGGACCAAUUUCUCCCUAUAUUGGUUCUAUUCCUGCUCUCGUAAAUGCUAAGACAUAUGAUCAGAUAUUACAAGAAAUUAUAGGUCCUCCUACGAACUACAGUAAUGGCUUUUUCUGGCCACCACCUCGUGCUCUUGUGGCUAAAAUAUUGGAAAAAAAUAUUUUACAAUCUUCUGGUCUUGCUGGAUUAGGUUUGGAAAGCUUAGAGUUAAGUGGCAUGGGUUUAGGCUUGAGUAAUAUGAACCCCAUAGGUUUACUUGAAAAUCUACAACGGGCUUUUGCUAGAGGCGUUCAAGUGAUCCAAAUCCCACUUUCAUCUUCUUCAUCCACACUGCCACAAUGUCAAGCACCAUGUUUUGUCUGUUCACCACAGACAUAUACACCAGGUAUUCUUUAUUUAAAAUUUCGGAAUAGUCGUAUGAACUAA